GUGGAGAUGUGGCUGGCCUUGGCAAAGCUGUCCGCGUACAAGGAUGCCCAGAAGGUGUUGAAUGAGGCACGAAAGCACAUCCCGACGAGCCCAGUCAUUUGGGUGACGGCCGCCAAGCUGGAAGAAACCCAGGGCAACGAGAAGAUGGUGGAGCUGAUUUUGACGCGAGCCAUUGACUCCCUGGCCGCCAAUGGCGUGACACCGGACCGCGACAUGUGGCUGAAGCAAGCGGAAGAGGCAGAGAAGACGGGCUUCAUCAAGACGUGCCAGGCCAUCAUCAAGGUGACCAUCAAGGUCGGUGUCGACGAAGAUGUCAAGGGCAUGAAGCAGAACUGGAUCCAGGAUGCAGAUGCUGCAAUCAACAGAAACUCCAUCGAGGUCGCCCGGGCCAUCUACAACAACGCGGUCAUGCACCUGAAGGGCAAGAAGGGCCUCUGGCUCCGCUUGGCCGAGCUGGAAACCAAGUACGGCAACGCGGAGUCACUGGACAACGUGCUGCAGCGAGCAGUGACUUACUGCCCACACGCCGAGAUCCUGCUGCAAAGCAGAAGUGGCUCCGAGGCGAUGUCGCAGCAGCUCGCCGGACCGGAUGUGGGCUUUGGUCAAACAUCACUGCUUGUCACGGAAACAGAGCCCAGCGACUCUUGUGUGCGUUGGUUAAAGCAGGAAGUAUUCCUUCCUUGA